GUGCGCGGCGCAUGCGCGCGGAGCGAGCACGCGGAGGGCCGGGCAAGCAGCGCCAUGGCGGCGGCAGCCCCGCCGGUGGGGGCCGUUUGCUCCUUUUCCCCCCGCGAUUGCCGCUUCUUCGCCAUCUCCAGUUCGGAUGGGCGCCUGCGGGUGUGGGAGACCGUGAACAGCCGCUUGCAGCAUGAGUACGUGCCCUCCGCUCACCUCAGUGCUGCCUGUACUUGCUUGGCGUGGGCCCCGCCGGGGGGACGGCAGCCCCCCAAUAAGGUACAGGAUGGUCCACAGAGGAAAAAACGGAAGUCUGAAGUUGCAGAAGUGGACAGGCAAUUAGAUAUCCUGGCUGUUGGUACAGCAGUUGGUAGCAUUUUGUUGUACAGCACAGUAAAAGGAGAACUACAGAGCAAGCUAGAUGGUGGUCAUGACAACAGAGUAAACUGUGUGAGAUGGCAUCAAGACACCUGCUGCUUGUAUAGCUGUUCAGAGGACAAACACAUUGUGGAAUGGAACACACAGACCUGCAAAGUAAAGUGCAAGUGGAAAGGUGACAAUAGCAGUGUCACCUCUUUAUGCAUUAGUCCAGAUGGGAAAAUGCUGCUGUCAGCUGGUAGAACUAUAAAACUGUGGGACCUGGAGACCAAAGAAGUCUACAGACAUUUCACAGGCCAUGCUACAUCAGUGUCAUCAUUAACGUUUACCACAGUGAAACCUAUGAAUGAAAAUAAGCCCUUUGAUGGAAUUACAGGGCUUUAUUUCUUGUCUGGAGCCAUACAUGACCGAUUACUGAGUGUAUGGCAGGUCAGAUCAGAUAGUAAAGAAAAGAAUGCCGUGAUGUCUUUCACAGUAACAGAUGAACCAAUUUUUAUUGACCUGACUGUAUCAGAAGUCAAAGAAGAGCCUGUGAAGUUAGCAGUUGUUUGCCGAGAUGGGCAGUUGCAUUUAUUUGAGCAUAUCUUAAAUGGUUACUGCAAAAAACCCUUAACAUCAAACUGUACUAUCCAGAUAGCAACGCCUGGAAAUGAUGGGGACUCCACACCAAAACCAGUCCCUAUUCUGGCAGCUGCAUUUUGCUCAGACAAACAGUCUCUGCUGCUUGUGUAUGGAAACACCUUACAGCCCAUCAUAGAGAAAGUGUCUUUAAACACCAUGGAAUCCCAUAUAUGUUUGAUAAGGGACAUCCAGAAAGUGUUGUCACUUAAAACAGAUGUUGCCCUAACAAAGGUAAAAACGCCUGUUGUGAACUCGGACGCCAAAGUGCUAGUGCCUGGUAUUCCAGGACAUAGUACAGCUGUCAAAACUCCAGCCUCAGGAAAGGAGAAAAAGAAAAACAAGAGGAAACCAGGAGAGACAGGGGAAAGCAUUGAAGAGCGCUUAGAGGCAUUGGAUAUUGAUGUGAGCAAAGUCAAAACUCCAGGUGGCCUUCCACAAACAGAUAGCUUCGCGGUACUUUUGGUUCAGGGCUUGGAAAGCAACGAUGCAGAAAUCCUAAAUAGAGUGCUUAACACAAGAAAAGAUAAUGUAAUAAAGAACACAGUAUCCAGAAUGCCUAUACAUGCUGUCAUUCCACUACUACAUGAGCUUACAAAAAGAUUGCAAGGCAACCCAUACAGUGCCUCCCUAAUGGUUCGAUGGCUGAAGUCUGUUUUUACUAUACAUGCAUCCUACCUUUCCACAUUGCCAGACCUUAUUCCUCAGCUGGGAAUGCUAUACCAGCUAAUGGAGAGCAGAGUAAAAACUUUGCAAAAACUUUCCCGUCUGCAUGGAAGACUGUUCAUUCUUGUCACCCAGGUUGCAGCAUCGGAAGCAGUUCAGGAUGUCACUGAGAUGAAUCAGACUGCAAAGCUGGUAUAUGAGGAUGAAUCCUCAGAGGAAGAAGGCUCAGAUGAUGAGAUGAUUGCAGAUAAGGAGUCUGAUGAAAACUGGGAUGAAGACGAAGAAAAAGCGGAGCAAUCUGAUGAACAAGACAUGACUGUUGAAAAGGAAAUCAAUGGUGAUUCUGAUUUGGAACCAGAAAAUGAAAGUGAAGAAGAAUAACAGCACAGAAGGAUGAUUUUAACAGUUUAAACAAGUGGGCCACCAAACUCUUAAUUCUGGAUCAUCUUGCGGAAAGAUGCCAUAUUUGCAUAUUGGGAGUGCAGACUUGUGCACAGCCUAUGUGCAGAGGCACCUGUGGGGCAUGGUGCAUUUCUGAAUCCAGAAUGCUUAACCAUGCCAGCCUUCUCUCGCCCUAUUUCCCUGCGCUUACUUAUAGAAACAUUUCUUCCGCCUCAUGGUCAGAUUAUGCCUGUCAUGUGGACAUGCAUUUGUAUCUCAAGUGAAAUAAAUCUGCCACCGCUGUUUGUGUGGUAAACUUG